AUGCUGCUUUUGCUGCUGGGGAUCAUCGUGCUCCAUGUCACCGUGCUGGUGCUCCUCUUCGUCUCCACCAUCGUCAGCCAAUGGCUCGUGAACGGCGGGCAGACGGCGGACCUGUGGCAGAACUGCUCCUCCGGUUCCGUCUUCCAGUGCCUGACAUCAUCCACGAAUGAAUGGCUGCAGUCUGUCCAGGCGAUGAUGAUCCUCUCCAUCAUCUUCAGCGUCUUGUCCCUCUUCCUGUUCUUUUGCCAGCUCUUCACGCUCACCAAGGGCGGGCGGUUUUACAUUACUGGGAUCUUCCAAAUCCUUGCCGGGCUCUGCGUGAUGAGCGGCGCGGCCAUCUUCACAGUGAGGCACACGGACUGGCACCAAGCCUCGGAAAACACCUCCUAUGGCUUCGCCUAUAUCCUGGCGUGGCUCGCCUUCCCCCUGGCCCUCGCCAGCGGCAUCAUCUACGUCAUCCUACGGAAGCGCGAGUGAUGCUGCAGGAGGCGCAACCGGGGCACUCAUGACGUCCACGGAGGAGACGGAGGCGGGGGAAAAUAGACGAGAAAACGGAAAAGAAAAUUAACCAAAAAAAAAGAAAAAAAAAAAGAAAAAAAAGGAAUAAACCCUCCCACCAAAAACCAAACCAAACCCAACCGACCCCAAAAAGAAACACUCAAAGGGUUACUUGUUAAUUGAGGAUGUAUAUAGUAUCUAUGGUUUAAAAAACCUAUUUAUAACACUUUUUACAUAUAUGUACAUAGUAUUGUUUGCUUUUGUUGACCAUAUGCUAUGUUUUAAAGCCUAAAGAAAGUGCCUAAGGAAUUAUUACUCCUAACAAGCGUAACAGAGCGCAAUGAUUUUUCUCUCGUGCAAAGCCCUCUGUGACCUGAGCUCUCCUUCCCCACCCCAGCCGUGCCAUCGGAGCGCCCCAGCUCUGGCUGCUGUCUCGCUGGCACAGGUCGGUGCCGAUCCGCGGAGCAGCGGGAAGUUACGCCUGGUGAUAUCGACCGGAGGCUUGGCCCCUGCUCCUCCUGCCCGCUGAGAUUUCGGCGGCUGGAGGGCACGGCCAGGGCUGGCGGAGGCGCUUCCAAAAUGUUUGAAGGGUUUUUGGAGCAAAGGACUGCCCAAAGUGCCUAAAUGACUUAUGUGCCUAAGUCCCACUGCCUUGCCACCACACCCGCUGGGAAUUUGGGCUUUUAAAUCACUUAGGUUGAAUGCAGGUGAGCGCGGGCUGUGCUCCAUCCUAGUGUGUGCCCAGGGUGCCAGGGGCUGCGUGCGCCCCAAGCCAAGCCCCGGGGCACGGGCUCUCCCCACCACGCAACGUGCGUUGUCCUUGCCGUGGAGCUAGAGUACCGAUGAGCAGGAAGCAAACCCCGUAUGUCUAUGAAAUCAAAUGCCAGAUAUAUGAAAUGGUGCUAUCUAUUUACCAUUCCUUAUACCGCUAGCCAUUUAACCUUAUUCACUGGAAAUUCAGUUAACAACCUUGAGGUAAACAACAAAGCUAGAAACGAGAAAUAAUUCUGUGUAAUAUAAACGAGCUAUAACUGCUUUUGUACUUAGAUGACUUGCUCUUACUCUUAUUUUUAAUAAAGCAUUUAUAACCGAG